CCCUUCAUUCACCCACAUGGUUACCAACUGGUCGCCUUCGCGCCACUUUCUUAACCCCGCAAUCAUGUUUAAGAAGCCUCGCCGGGCUGGAAAUUGCCUCAGUCCCGGCUCGCUUUUCACUUUAUGCUUAGUUUUCGUCCGCCGGUUGAAAAGUUUUCGGGAUAGUUGCGUAUUUAUUUGUCUUUUCAGUCGCUGUGAGACUACACGGCAGACCAAGCAAGUGAGCGAAGAUGGUGGAUUUCGGCUGAUUAACGGCGAGAUGAAUGACCACAGCACCAAAGAAGGCCCCAUCAUGGAGCAUUGUGACCAUCUUCCCAGCCAUGCUGGGGAUGCCCUUAUCCGUCUGUGUAUUGCCAAAGUGCUUACAGUGCAGGUGGGGAUUAGUGGCAAUGCUGUAUACCUGGAGGUAUUGCACUUGUCCCGGCCUGUGAAGGAGUGGGAGACAAAGCUGAUUUGAUUCCAUAUCAUACUUUUUGCAUGAAAAUGACUGCACUUUGUUUUUUGUAUGCAUUGCUUGAUACUCUAUUUAGUUUGAUUGUAAGACUAUUAGCUAUUAAAUAUUUUAUUAGUCACUUUGUAAUUUGAUGAGUGGUUCUUUCAUUUAGUCUCCUUGUAGAUGUGUAAAACAUUGUUUCUAAAU